UCGAAAUGGCCGACGUUUAGGGGGAGUGUCUUCUACCUAGCGGAAAUCUGUUUCUGAGUGAUAUAUCUCGCAAAGAUACCGUCAGCCUCUAGUGAGGCUCCACUACAUUCCAUUUAUAAAAGACUGAUAACUUUUUAAAAUUGGCUGAAAAUGGCCUGGCGUUUUAAAGCCUCUAAGUAUAAAAAUGCAGCACCCAUUGUGCCAAAACCCGAAGCAUGUAUACGGGAUAUUUGUGUCGGGUCAUAUCAGACUUAUGGGAACAAUAUAUGUGCAUCAGCUGCUUUUAUGGCAUUUAACUGGGAACAUGUAGGGUCCAGUAUGGCAGUACUUCCACUAGAUGACUGUGGGAGGAAAAGCAAAACGAUGCCAUUGUUACAUGCACAUUCCGACACUAUUACUGAUAUGGAGUUUUCUCCAUUCCAUGAUGGUCUGCUGUUAACAGGAUCACAAGACUCUUUGGUGAAAGUAUGGCAUAUACCACCAGAAGGACUCAAGGAAUCUCUAUCGGUUCCUGAAUGUACUUUAUCACAGAAGCAGCGAAGGGUAGAGAAUGUGGGCUUUCAUCCAGUGGCAGAUGGUCUCAUACAUGUUGCUUCCGGACAUGACUUUGCUUUGUGGGAUUUGACCACACAGAAGGAAGCUUUUGUAAAUAAAGAUCACACGGAAGUCAUCCAGUCAACAUCUUGGAAGAAAGACGGAAAGUUAGUAGCGACGUCAUGCAAGGACAAAAAAGUUCGCAUUUUGGAUCCCAGAGCUGACAGUCCCGUGCUCGGCGUCGCCAACAGUCACCAGAAUAUUAAGGACAGUCGCCUGGUGUGGCUUGGAGACACUGAUAGAAUUCUCACUACUGGUUUCGACUCAGCUCGCCUCCGUCAGAUAAUGAUCCGCGAUAUUCGUAACCUGUCGCAAACCCAGAAAACAUUAGAACUGGACUGUUCAACGGGUGUGUUGAUGCCAUUGUUUGACCCCGACACUAACAUGCUGUUCCUCGCCGGGAAGGGAGAUACGACAAUAUUAUACAUGGAGCUGAGCGAGCGAGAGCCUUACCUUAUUGAGGGAUUGAGGCACUCUGGCGAACAAACUAAGGGGGCAUGCUUAGUGCCGAAGCGUGCUCUUCGAGUGAUGGAGGGCGAAGUGAAUCGUGUCCUGCAACUCGCUGGCUCCUCGGUCGUGCCCAUCAUGUACCAAGUGCCUAGGAAGAGUUACCGCGAGUACCACGCGGACCUGUACCCCGACACGCGCGGCGCGCUCACGUACCUCAGCGCGCCGAUGUGGCUGCAGCACCUGGACUGCGCCCCGCCCACCGUGUCGCUGCACCCCGACCAGCGCCUCGCGCAGACGCACAGAGGAAAUCUCGAAGAUUUUGUCAAAGCGAUCUUAGCGAUGCCUUCGCCGAAGAAAAGUGAACCGAAGCCAAUCGUGACCCAGAAGUCAGAAGACCCGACGAAGCAAAAUCAAAAAUCAGCUCAACCUGAACCCACGGAUGAUGAUAGAAUAGACUUCGUUAACGUGAAAGACCUCAUCAAAGGCAUGGAGAAACAGAAAUCGGAACCGAGAGACUAUUCCAAGGAUACGAAUGGUAUCCACAAGAAGAUAACUGAUAACGGUCACGAUUAUGAUAGAAAACUAGAAGAUGAUGUUGAAACACAAAGGACUGACGAAGAUACUGAAAAGACUAUCAAAUCUGAUAAAUCUCUUGAAAAGACCGAAAGCUCAGACUCAUCCGAGUCGCUGUCGAGAAGCAAUAGUUACAUAAAUGGUGUUCCCGUUCAAGUGCCGAAGCCCUUGCCAAGGUCAUCUAUAUCGGAAGCCGGGUCUUCUGAUGAUCAGGUCUCGGAAGCGCCCAAGCCUAAACCGAGGACUACAUCUGUUCCUGGCUCUGGUUAUAAGCCUCGUUUGGGACCAAAGCCGUUCUCAGCAUCGGCCGGUAGCGAAGAGUUCUCGUUCGAUAAAGUGUUCUCCGUGCCAGCCGUGCCCGGACUCACUAAAUCUGAUUCAGGUUUAUCUCCGGUCGCGUCCGAUGCCCGUCCGGUCAGAGACGACGAAAAGGAGAAGUCAUUAUCACCAACUAGUGAUGUUGAAGUCGCUGCUAGUAAAGAAGAAUAUACAAAUGGAAAAUCUGACACGAGCUUGGAAGAGGAAGUGAACUCUUCCGAUUCAGGAUACAGACCCAAGACACCCGGUACGGCUGAGAGGAGAAAGAUGUUUGAGACUACCGACGGCAGCAGUCAGUCGAUAGCAGAGCGUCGCCGCGCGUACGAGGCGCGCUCCGUCAGCGUCGCCAACGAAGAGCCGCCCGCCUCGCCCGCGCCGCUCAGACGUAGAGAUUCAUUAAAAUCUCGCAAGAGUCCAGAGCGCGAGGAAAAACGAUCUUCUGUGCCCAAUGUCACCACUAAAAGAACAUCUACAGUAUUUGGUAAAGUAUCCAAGUUCCGGCACCUGAAGGGCACGCCUGGACACAAAUCCACUCACGUGGAGAACAUCAAGAACAUUAGCAGACAGAUCUCCGGGGAAUGCAACGGUUUCUACGGCAACGGCGUGCGCUGCGGCGUGCCGGUGGGCGGCGGCGGCGGCGGCGGGCGGCUGGGCGUGGUGGAGCUGCCGGCGGGCAGCACGCGGGCCGCGCGCGCCGCGCCGCGCCACCCCGCCGCGCUGCACCCGCCCGCGCUGCUGCACGCCGCGCCGCUCACCGACUGGGCCUUCGACCCCUUCGACCCGCACCGCCUGCUCGUCGCCUGCGACGACGGGCAGGUGCGCGAGUGGAUCCUGCCCGCCGACGGUCUCCAAGAAUCGACGAACGAGCCCAAUCGCACCUUCUCGGCUCACCCCGACAAGAUAUACAUAAUCCGCUUUCAUCCGACCGCCGCCGAUCUCCUGACCACGGCCGCCCACGAUCUCACCAUCAAGAUUUGGGACCUCAGCCAGGAGACUCCGACGGCUGAGAUCACGCUGACCGGUCACACUGAUCAGAUAUUUGCGUUAGAUUGGUCGACAUGUGGGGAAUACUUAGCCACUGUGUGUAAGGAUGGUAACAUACGGAUAUUCAAGCCGCGCUCGUCGGCGGAGGCGGCGCGGCGCGGCGCCGGGCCCGCGGGCAGUCGCGGCGCGCGCGUCGUGUGGGCGCUGCACGACACGCACCUCGUCGUCACCGGCUUCGACAAGGUCUCGGAGCGGCAGAUCUUGCUGUACAAUGCGUCGGAUUUGGCCGCUCCGCUUUGCACGGUGGGCCUGGACGUGUCGCCCGCCAUACUGCACAUACACCUCGAUCACGACUCCAACACGCUCUUUCUCACCGGGCGAGGUGAUUCCACGAUCUACUGCUACGAAGUGACGAGUGAGGCGCCCUACCUGUGCGCCCUGUCUCAUCACCGCUGCUCCACUCUGCACCAGGGCAUUGUUUUCCUACCGAAGAAUCUGCUCGCCGUGGAGAAGGUGGAGUUCGCACGUGCGCUGAGACUGACGAAUGGUAACAUCGAACCACUGUCGUUCACGGUGCCCAGAAUAAAAAGCGAGCUGUUCCAGGACGACCUGUUCCCGCCCACGCUGGUGACGUGGGAGAGCUGGCAGUCGGCGCGCGACUGGCUGGCGGGCGGCCGCGUUCCCGCGCGCACGCACAGCCUGCAGCCGCCCGGCAUGGACACGCUGUCGAGUCAUACGGCUGCCGCACCGGCCAAGGAGAAGCCUCCGCAGAAACCCAAACCAGAUCUCAUCAAAUCUCACGUACCCAUGGACCCUAAGGAUAAACAGGAGAGUAUAAUGAAGUCGAUGAGUGCUAAAGUUACUAUGAAUCUCAAGCUGGAACAGGACAGUAUGGAGGGGGUCGACGAGUCGGAAUGGGACCAAUGAGAAUCCUGUGGAGACUCCAAGAGAACGAAUGAAUGAACGAACGUAUGAAAAAUUCACUGAAUGUAUUUGAAUUAUAAUAUUCUUAAAUCCAUUCAUUAUUGAAAAGUAUUAAACUAAAUUAGUUCUUUAUGAAAACAUAAAUGAAAUUAUAUGAGUUUCGCGGUAUUUCAA